AGGGUCGUGAUCUCCGGAAUGGCGGGCCUCUACCCUGACUCGCAUAAUGUCAAGCAGCUACGCGAUAUUCUUUACAAUAAGAUAAACCCAACGAAAAAUGCUCGUUGGGAGUAUAACCACCCAGAGGUAGCUCACCACACAGGAAAAGUACCGGAGCUGCAAUAUUUCGAUGCGCAGUUCUUCAAAGUGCAUUAUCGCCUCGGAAACUCCAUGGACUGCAUGGCGAGGAAGGUUCUCGAACAAGCAUUCGAUGCUAUUUAUGAUGCAGGUGUGAGCCCUGAGCAACUGUAUGGCUCUAGAAUUGGAGUCUACGUUGGUACUUGCUUCUCAGAAACCGAAAAAUCUUGCUUUUACGUAUCUACCUCGAGAUCAGGGUUUGGUAUAGCAGGAUGCAGUAAAACAAUGUUUGCUAAUCGAAUUUCUUACUGGUUGAACGGUAAGGGACCCUCUAUGUCGGUUGACCAGGCCUGCUGCAGUUCCACUGUCGCCUUAAAUCUGGCUUACCAGGCUAUUAUGCGCGGAGAUGUUGAUUCUGCUAUCGUUGGUGGAGCCAAUCUUUGCUUGCUUCCACAGUCUUCUGUGCAUUAUGGACGAGUUGUACCAACAAGUAAGGAUGGAAAGACAAAAUCAUUUGAUAAGGACGCAAGUGGAUGUACAAGAUCUGAAGCUAUCAAUGUUUUAUUCCUACAAAAGGCAAAAGAUGCACUAAGGAUAUAUGCUGAAGUUAUCCACGUAAAGUCCGAAUUCAACGGUUUAGUUGAAGGUGAAAACGGACCUAGGUAUGGUUUUUACCGGGAUCAAAAUAAGGUUGAGGCGUUUUUGAAAACCUUUUACGCAGAAGCCAAUGUGCCUCCCCAAGCUGUCGAAUACGUGGAAGCAGUUGGUUCUGCUACACCAGAAACAGAUAAAGCAGAAUUAGAGACUAUUGAUAAAGUGUUUUGUGAAAAUCGAGACGAUCCCCUAUUUGUUGGAAGCGUGAUGUCUAACAUUGGUUAUGGAGAGGCAGCCUCUGGAGUGUCUGCUAUAACUAAAGUACUUUUGGGUUAUGAGAAUGGUAAACUUGCAGCUAAUCUAAACUGUGAGAAUCCAAGAAAUGACGUUGAUGCAUUGCGCAAUGGAAAAAUUCGCAUUGUAACUGAGCACCAGUCCUUUGGAAGUGGUUAUGUCGCUGUCAAUGGACUCUCAGUUACUGGUGUUAAUACUCAUGUAUUGUUACGUGGCCUCAAUAAACCAAAGGAUUUAAAUCGUUACAAGAGCAAAAUCCCUCAUCUGGUAACGAUAUCGGGCAGACAACAAUCUGGUGUUGAAAAAAUAUUAGAGGACUUGAAGAGCCGCCCGAUCGAUCCAGAAGAACUUGCCCUUUUUCAUAACAUUCACCAAACUAGAAUCAGCGGGCAUUUAGGAAGAGGAUUCAUAAUAUUAGAUACUGGUAAAAACAAUGAAACAGUAAGCCUUUGCCAAAAAAGUGAUUACUUCGAUGACGCGGUUCGCCCGCUGUGGUUCGUGUAUAGCGGGAUGGGCUCGCAGUGGGCCGGGAUGGGCACGGACCUUAUGCGCAUACCAGUUUUUGCAAAGGCUAUAGAACGCUGUCAAAAAGUGCUUGAGCAGAAGGGCUUGGAUUUAAUUAAUAUAAUCACUUCACAAGACAAGAAAAUGUUUGACAAUAUCUUACAUUCGUUUGUUGGAAUUGCUGCAAUACAAAUUGGACUCACUGAUGUACUUAAAGCAUUGGGAAUUGUACCUGACAAGAUUAUUGGUCACAGUGUUGGUGAGCUAGGAUGCGCGUACGCAGAUGGCUGCCUCACAGCGGAAGAGAUGAUCCUCUCCGCGUAUAGUCGCGGGCUCGUGUCUGUGCAGACUCCGUUUAUACGAGGUUCUAUGGCUGCAGUAGGAAUUGGUUAUCAGCAGAUCUGCAAAAUGUGUCCACCUGAAAUCGAAGUGGCGUGUCACAACAGUUCCGAGUCGUCUACUAUUUCAGGGCCAGCAGAUAUUAUGAAGGAGUUUGUUGAAAGCCUGACCGCUAAGGGCAUAUUUGCUCGGGAAGUCCCGUGUUCCAAUAUUGCGUAUCACUCUAGAUAUAUUGCUGAUGCAGGACCUAGCCUUUUGCAUUACUUGAAUGAAGUUAUAAAGACGCCACGACUGCGCACCGAACGCUGGGUAUCAACAUCCAUUCCUGAAGAACGAUGGGGCGAGCAACUAGCCAAGUACUCCUCAGCAGAAUAUCACACCAAUAAUUUACUUAAUCCAGUUCUAUUCGAGGAGUCAUCUCAACACAUACCAAAAAAUGCAGUGCUUGUAGAAGUAGCACCACAUGGUCUCCUACAAGCAAUUCUGAAACGUUCCUUACCUAACUGUACAAAUAUUCCACUCACUCGCCGUGGUCAUGCGGACAAUGCCAAACAUUUAUUGGAAGCUGUUGGAAAUUUGUACAUGGAAGGAUACAACCCAAAAGUACACGCUCUGUACCCAAAAGUAGAAUUCCCCGUAUCCACUGGAACACCGAUGCUCGGACAUUUGGUGGAAUGGGCGCAUGCGGAAAAAUGGAAUCUACCUAUGUACGUAUCAGCAUACAAAAAGAUGGCAGCGUCCUGCAAUUUUGUUCUAUCCAUUCAUGAUGAUGAACACAGCUAUUUACGUGGACACAUUAUCAAAGGUAAAAACUACUAUCCCUUCUCUGCUGCCCUGGUAGCAGUGUGGGACACUCUAGCGAUGAGUUUGGGGAUGAAGAAGAAGAGUAUAUCGGUUCAGUUUCAAGACGUGCAGUUUCUGGCCCAGCCUUUGUUACACAACAGAAGACAGCUGCGCCUAAGUGUAGCACUACACAAAGGCACUGGAAAGUUUGAAGUUACUAACGAAAUAAUUGCCGUUGCUACUGGGACUAUCCAAAUGAUUGAAAAGGGCGAUAACUAUCGACUGUUCAAGCUUCCAAUUGAACACAAAGAACCACCAUCUCUCCAAAGUGAAGAUAUCUAUAAAUUACUUUAUACCCGCGAUUAUCACUACAGGGAUGAUUUCCGAAGCAUUAAUGCGGUGAACGACUCAUUAACUGAAGCUUCGCUUUACUGGAGAAACAAUUGGGUGACCUUGAUUGAUGGCAUGAUACAAUUAAAUGUAUUACGAGAAUCAAGUACAACUGUGUCUCAACUAGACUCCAUGAGAAAGAUGAAUAUUAAUAUUGACAUACAUAGGAUGCAUACAGACAACAAAGUUCUAACAGCUAAUGUUCUUGAUCUUUAUGAAUGUACUAGAUGUGGUGGAGUCCUUAUAGAAAAUCUAAAUUUUAAAUCUUUGCCUUUGAAUAAAUCAGAAAGUGUUUCCAUCAAACAUUUGAAAUUUGUACCACAUGUUACAAACAAUCAGUUAAAUGAAACCUCUGCACUAUGUGUACUCCUCCAAAUAAUUUCAGAAAAUGUGCAGAAAAACGAAAUUAAUGCGAUUAAAAUGUUAAACAAUUCUUCUUACGGUGGAACAUUUAACUUGCUUAAUGAAUUCUUACACAAAAGAACUGGUAUUACUGUUAAUCUUGUUGAAGACGAACAUACAAAUUCAAUUAAAGAAGAAAGUCUUUUGCAUAACGUCGACGUUAUUUUUGUCAACGACUUAUCUAAUAAUGAAAAGGGGCGCAUCAUGAAUUUAUGUAUAAUAAACAAUGAAUUAGAUGAAGAUCAGUUCAUAGAAGAUUUACCUGAAUCUGACUUGGCCAUUAAUGUGUGGGAUCACGGCAUUUGGGGGGGCAAGUACGUCGUUCCAGGAAAUAAAACGUCACACACGGGCCAGUGCGCUAUGCUACAAAGCUUAAAAAUUGGAGAUAUUGAGUCACUGAGGUGGUUUGAAGUACCUAAAGUUUCUAACUCUGGAAUAAAUGUUCAGGUUCAUUACGCUGGAAUUAAUGAUCAAGAUGUUAAGAGGGCUUUUGGUCUAAUUCCAUUUGGUGAACACCCUACGAACAGUUUUUAUGGAAUGGAUUACAGUGGAGUGACACAAAAUGGUACAAAAGUUAUGGGCUUGAUCAAGGGCGGUUCAGUAAGCAGUCAAAUUAAAGCUAAUCCAAACCUCUUGUGGCCAGUGCCAGAACAUUGGACUCUCGAAGAUGCAGCAACUGUACCUUUGGCAUACUGCAUGGCAUUUUAUGCUUUGAAUACUCAAGGAACAUUCUCACCUGGUAUUAAGGUUUUAAUUCACUGUGGUACCGGUGCUUUAGGGCAAGCUGCUAUAUCCAUAUGUUUAGCCUACAAUUGUGAGGUAAGUUGGAAAUGCGGUGGACCAUAUGGUGUAAUGGUGGAUACCAGUUUAAUAAGCAAUCAUGAGGACUACAAUUUCGGAAUGAGUUACCUAACAGAUGAAAGAUCGUUUAAAAUGAUCAACUUUUCAUCACUAUUUGAUAGUGGAAAUGAACAAGAAAUGAAAAAACUUCAAAUGCAACUAGCUGAAGGUAUAGCUCGGGGCUAUGUGCGUCCUCUAACUCGUGUGGUGUACACUCCUGACGAUGUAUCGAAAGCAUUUAAUUUGGUCGCGACAAGCAGACACCGUGGUCGAGUCCUCAUUGAUAUCCAAAAAGAAAUUUGUAUAGAAGUACCAAGAUUAAAUUGCUCUCCAAAUAAUGCUCACAUAGUACUAUCGGAUAGUGACGUACUAGCAAUGCAACUUGUUGACCGACUAGUCGACCGUGGAAUUCGUAAUUUGAGCGUCAUUUGCGAGGGUCGAUCUGAAAGCUUACUAUAUAAAAUAAGAUUAUGGCGGAAGGCUGGAAUUGAGGUGAAAUUACAAGAAUUCGACGAUAUUUGGCACAAAAAUAGAAUUUUUACUGUUCUGCAAGACUACAAAGAGAAUAACGUAGAAGGAAUAUAUGUUAUCUUUACGAACGAUAGCAAAAUUGACAGAGUAAACAAAUUUUUGGAAGAUUUGGAUUCAAAAACGAGAGAUUUAUGUCCUCAAAUAAGGUAUUUUGCCAUAAUAAGCAGCAAUAAUAUGAUAGGUGAACGGGUAGCAUUAUUAAGGGAAAAACAUGGUAAACCGGCUACUCUCAUUAGACUUCCGUCGCUGCUUAAGAAUGGACAUGAACAACAACAAAUGCCAAUUAGAAGCGCUAUUGAUGCAGUCGAAGAAGCAUUGCUUUCUCAGGAAGCAGUAAGUGAAACACAACUUUUGCCAGUCAGUAACAAAUCUUUGAUUGGUGAAAUUACUAAAUGGGCUGGAAUAAAACUUCCAACAGUAGGAGAUGAGAAUUUAACAUUGACGGAUUUGGGCAUGGAUCUAGCCCGAGCGCAGGGCGUGCAAGCCGGUUUUAAAAACGAGUAUAAUAUAUCCUUCCUUGAAGAUGAAAUAUCAAAACUAACCAUAGAGAGAAUUCGAAAAAUAGAAAAGCUGCUACUUGAAUCAGAGUUUAAAGAUGCUACGGAUUUGGAAACGUUUUAUUCUUACAUUGAUCCAGAUGAACUUCUUGCAACAACUGAAAUGGCAUUCUUGCCCACAUUGACCAACAACAUGUCCAUGCAAGACCAUGAGUUCGACUCAAGUCAAAAGUUCCUGUGUAUUAUUCCCGGGGUGGAAGGACAUUACAAGCGCUUCUCCGAAAUGUGUGAGAGACUAAAACUGUCAGCACUGGUUCUACAACCGAGUCAGGCAAUGGCUAGAAACAAAACAUUGCAAGAAGUUGCUCAAAUUUUGGCAAAGACUCUACUAAAACAGACUGAACUUAAAGAUAACUUCUAUCUACUGGGUUACGAGUCGGGAGCCAUCGUUGCUUUAGAAAUGGCAGCCAUUCUGGAGGAACAUGGUCUGACGGGUAAAGUUUACUGCAUUGGAGGUGCACCUGAAGAAAUUCAAAUGCAAUUCGCCUCGAAACUACAAGAAUUUAAAGACGAGACGUCACUUCAAAAAGCCGUGGGUAGACACAUGGUGAAGCUUAUGUUGGGUCAAAAUAGUGCCUCACUAGAUAAAGCCUUUGAGAUGGCUCUUACUUGGGAGGACAUACUGGACAGCUGUGUUCGUGAUUUGAGAGGACGAGUCAACCAUUCGGCCCAAUAUGCUAGAGAGCUCAUAGAGACAGCUUAUUUGCGUAUAUUACAAGUGAGAAAUUAUUCACCGAAUCUAGAGAAACUACGAUCACAACUUAUUCUGAUGAAACCUAAUGACUGGAUUGCUAAGUUCUCGAGUAAAUCGUCCUUACAGGAUUAUUCUGCGCAACCAAUAAUUGAAUAUGAACUGAAGGCACCUUUAGCUUACGCGGUUCAAGAUCUACUUUGUGCUGGAAUAAUAAAUAGACAUCUUGAUGAAGAUGUAUUAGAAGCAUUUGACAACAAGAAUCUCUGUGACACUUACCUAAUAAAUGCGGAUACUUUUAUGACAACGGUCGAUGGUUAAUUAGUUCUAUGUGGUAAU